AUGAGGGUCCACGGCGUAGGCAGAUCUGGAGAUGCAGGAGAUCGUAGGAGUACGGGGGUGCCGUCCACGUCGCAACAAUCACAGUCGUCACCACCGUCGAUCGUCAAGCCCUGCACAACGCAGAAAUGGCACACCGACAGUGGUGACGAUCGCCCAGAGACGUUCAAGCCUUGCUUUCUCCCUGUUUUCUCGGUAGCUUCCAGCGCCCCACAGCGUGAUUCCGUCACACGUGUCGGCCAAUUGCAAGGGCCGCCGCAAGAAAGCCACCGGUUCUGUACGAUAAACAAGACAGCUGAAGAUGUUGUGGAUCCGGCGACGGCGUGUCUCUUAGCGCCAUGGCGUGGAGCUAUCCCUUUGAUGGGCGCCAGGAUACGUCACGGCGCGUUCCCAGUACUUCAACCAGCACUACCCUCAGACGGCCCAGGCCCAGCAGCGAGGUGUAUCGCUCCCUCACGAUCCUACGACCCCUCCAUCGCACCUUCCUCGAGGGCCCACUGA